GCUUUUUAACGUCACUCGGCCAUCAACAAACAACACACAAUUGAUGCAGCUACCAUGGCACAAGAGAGCGAUCAGAAGCCGGUAGUGACAUAUCUAGGGCCUCAGGCCAGCUACACGCAUCAGGCCGCCCUAUCCACCUUCAACACCUCCGACUACGCCCUCAGCCCCCAAAUCACCAUAGAAGAUGUGUUCGCCUCCGUGCAAGACGGCACCGCGCACCGGGGCGUCGUCCCCUUCGAGAACUCCUCCAACGGCUCCGUAGUCUUCACCCUCGACCUGUUCGCCGACCUCAACGCCAAAUACCCGGACAUCCUCGUGUGCGGAGAAUCCUACAUCGCCGUCUCGCACUGCCUCCUCGGCCACAACCCGCACCUGUCCACCACCACCAGCACCACCGUCCCCUCCCACCUCCUCCCAACCCACAUCAUCGAAUCCCCGCUCUCCUCCGGCGCCGUCACACCCACGACGCGGGACCCCGCGCCCGCGAAACCCACCGCCCGCCCCCUCGCCGACAUCUCGCGCAUCACGACGCUGUACUCGCACCCGCAGGCCUGGGGCCAGUGCAAGGCGUUCCUGAACACGUACCUCAAGGGCGCGGAGCGGCACGACGUGUCGAGCACGUCUCGCGCCGCGGAGAUCGUGGCGGGCGAUGCGUCGGGUGCGAGCGCGGCGAUAUCGAGCGUCGUCGCCGCGGGGAUCCAUGGCGUCGAUGUGCUGGCGAGGGGGAUUGAGGAUCGGGGGGAUAAUACGACGAGGUUUUUCGUCAUCAAGAGGAAGAAAGGGGAAGGUGAUGGGGAGGGGGAGACUGGGGGGGAGGAGGGGGAGGGGGAGUGGAAGUCGUUGGUGAGUUUUACGGUGGAGCAUGGGAAUCCGGGGGCGCUGGCGAAGUCGCUGAAGGCGUUUGAGAGGUUCGGGAUUAAUGUUACGAGUAUUAAUACGAGGCCGAGUGGGGUCGAGAAUUGGAAUUAUAUCUUCUUUGUUGAGAUUAAGGGGAGGAGGAGGGCGGGAGAGGGGAGUGUGGAUUUGGCGUUGAAGGAGCUGGAUACGGUUUGUAGGGGUUGGAGGUGGUUGGGGAGCUGGGAGAAUAGGCUGGGGAAAUGAUGGGAUUUGAUAUCAUGUUGAAGUUCCUCUGGGCCGUCCCAUUUGGGACUCGUUUUUGAUCGAAACAUUUAGAUCUUCCUCCUCAUACGAAGUACAACAACAGCAAAUUCAAAACAAU